AUGGCAACUCUGAGAUUUUACGAUGCCAACAAAACAGCGACACUGGCCAUAUUGGCUAUUGUUUCUUUCUCUGUUUUCUGUAUUGCCAAAAUAAUAAGGCAUCAUCGGGACCCUCUACGGAAUAUCCCCGGCCCAUUCUGGGCAAGAUAUACCCGAUUAUGGUACCUAAUUGAAAUGCUGCACUGUCAUUCACGGGACACAAUAGCAAAACUGCAUCAGGAACAUGGUCCAGUUAUACGGAUCGGUCCAAACCAGUUCAGCAUCUCUGACAUGGAAGUCGCAAGAGAGGUCUACGGUCCUCGUACAUCCUUUGAAAAGGCUAAUAUUCAUCAUAAACAGUCUGAUUUCUACGUAUCUUUCACUAAUCCUGGUGGGAAAACACUGGUAUCAAUGCGGAACAACAAGGACCACAGAGACUUACGCCGAAAGUUUCAAUAUUCGUUUUCUUUUUCCCAGGUUGUGAAGAUGGAGUACCUUAUUGACCAGUCACUUGAAAUACUCUUUAAGAAGCUGAUUCAGCUCGCCGAUCUUGGAGAAAGAUGUGAUUUACUGCACUGGCUAAAGCUCUGGAGCAUGGAUAAUAGCUCGCUGCUUAUCUUUGGGGAGAGCUUUGGAUGUGUGGAGAAGGAUGCCGAUGUCAAUGGGCUUCUACAGCUCACAAGAGCAAGCACAUUCUAUGCUAGCGUGGUAGGAAUCAUUUCAGAGUGGCAUAAAAUUCUCUGGAAUUACGUUCCUUCCUACAUCAUGAGCGAGAAGGAGGUUCGUUCUUUUGCUGAGAAACAAAUCGCCGAAAAAGAAGCGGCAAAAGAUUCAACAAGGGGGGCUUGCUUCUUGGAUACCUGGUUCCAACAGAAGGAAGCCGACCGAAUGAACAAGACUGAAGUCCGCAUCGGAAUUGGAGGCGCUUUGGGAGGCACUGAGCUCACACCUUCGUUCAUGUGUCAAGCAAUGUAUCACGUCUACCGGGAACCGGCUGUCCUUCAGCGACUACGAGAUGAAAUUGAUCCAAAAGUGGUGAGAUCAGACACCAGUUCCCAUAGCAUCCUACCCCACGAGGCUAUACAAGGGAUGCCUUAUCUCCAGGCUGUUCUCAAGGAGAUCAUGAGAUUAUGGCCGGUAGCUGGAGUUACGUUCCCACGUGUGGUGCCUGAUGGCGGGGCGAUUCUGGCAGGUUAUCAAUUCCGUGCGGGACAAGUGAUCGGUAUUAAUUACUGGGCGGCAUCACGCAAUCCAGAAUACUUUGGUGCUGACGCAGCGGAAUUUCGCCCUGAGCGGUGGUUGAUCGAUCCAGAUGAGGCAAAAAAAGCUAGCUACUACAGCAUUCCGUUUAGCUUGGGGAGCAGAGAAUGCAUAGGCAAGCAUCUCGCUACGCUGAUGGUUCUCAAGGCAUUGGCAUUGGUCUUCUACUCCUUCGAUAUCAACUACCUCCCCGAAGAUUUGGAGCUGUGGAAUGACCAUGUGGCUAAGGUGCAAGAUUUUAGGGGCCUGGUGAAACGGCGACAGCGAUAA